CACUCCUCUCCUUCUGCUGCAGCUGACUGUCUGUCUCUGUCUCUGUAACAAUGAAGCUCCCCGCUGACACCAUGGAUAACUUCCAGACUGUCCUGAGGUUCUUCUUGAACCAGAAAGCCACCAUUGGCUACAGCUUCAUGGCUCUGUUGACUAUAGGCGGGGAGCGGAUUUUCACCUUGGUCUCCUUUCAGUGUCCCUGUAACCACGACCAGAACUUCGCCUACGGGCUGACCUUCCUGCUGGGCCCGGCGGCGGUGCUGCUGGUCCUGGGUCUGUUCUUCAGCACCAAACUGUGGAGGCUCUACACCGGCUGCUGCCUGAAUCCCAUGAAGCUGUGUCCCCGGGGACUGCUUCGGCUGCUCCGAGCCUUCACGAGCAUCUUCACGGGGGCGUGCGUGGCGCCCAUCAUGUGGCUGUGUGUGGCCCUGCUCAACGGGACCUUCUACGAGUGUGCGGUGAGCGGGCUGGACGACAACCUGGUGGUGGAUCUCUUCUGCAAAAACAAGACCAUGAAGUGUCGGGAGGAGCUGGCCCGGGUGCCCUGCGACCGCUCCAAGCUGUCGAGCGACGAGCGCAUGGAGCUGCUGCUGAUGUUCAGAGCUCAGUCACAGAUCCUGGGCUGGUCUUUAAUCAUCAUCGCUGCAGUCGUCGGCCUCCUGGGAACCUGCUACACGAACUGUCGCUCCAAAGUCAGCUACCUGCAGCUCACCUUCUGGAAGCGCUACGUGGAGAAAGAGAAGGAGCGCUUCGACGCCUACGCCAUGGACUACGCCACCAAACUGGCAGAGAGGAACCUGCAGAGCUUCUUCGAGAACAAGGCCCCCGAGGCGUUUCCUUUCCCGAGCCACAAGGCGUGGGAGGAGAUCUCCGCGCACUACACCUUCUCCAGGAGCGAGCAGUGCUACAGCACGCUGCAGCGCUGCGUGGAGAGGACGGACCGGGAAACCCCCCCGGAGAAGAGACCCGUCCUGGACUCGGAGUACGGGAUGGAGAUGCACUGAAGGAGGGGGAGGAGGAGGAGCGUGUGGUCUUUGUGUCAGUUCAUGAAGGAGGGACAAUCAGUGAACAGAGCAUCAGUGUGAGGAUACACACUCCCCACUGUUUAACUCUUAAAUCUAUGACAUGUUGCAAGUUUGACUCAGGAAAAGUUCUCCUCUGUGACUAAGCUUCCCUUUCACUACAGUCCUCCAAAGAAUGUAACCGCUGCCAAAAAAACAAUAACACAACCUCCUGUAAGCACAUGAGAGAAUGAAGGGCUUAACCACUAUACCUUAUAUACACUUUAAGUCUUAAAUGGUGCAUGGAUGUUACUGAGGCCUUCUAUAACUCUACUAAUGCUGCUUUGAAAACGCUGUCUUCCUCAGAUAUGCAGAGUAAUUUACAUUUGCUUUAAGAAAGGCAAUCAGGGUUGCAGCUCUGCCUGAACAGACUGAAGCUGCUUUGACUUUAUUAUUUUCUAGAAAUCAGGGAUUUUAGUGACACCGGUGUUUCUGAACAAUUUAAACUUAAAGUGUCUGUCACCUUAAAGGGAUAGUUCAGAUAUUUUGAAAUGAGGUUGUAUGAGUUACUUGUCCAUAGUAAGUGCUUUAGCCACAGGAGGAGCCGGUCAGCUCUGUUCUUUUAUUGAGGAACCAGUCGGAGUGCCGGCACAGAAACAAGGCUGUACAUGGCUCUGAGGGGGCAAGUAUUGAAUAGGACAGAUAUAGUAGGAAAUUGGGGAGAGCGCAAGUCAUUAAAUACCACGAUUUAUAUUUGUCUCAGUAAGAGAAUUUAAUACUAGACUGUGAGUCCGGUUGUUGAGUCAAAUACUGUGUAUGUGUUUUGAGGGGGGCUCUUCCUUUUGGAGGGGGGGGCCACAGGGGGGGCCAAGAUCAGUGUUGGCCCCUGCCUAGAACCGCCCAUGAUACAGCCUCCAUACGUGCGACGCGACCCAACUGCUAGGCCGAUCUGAACCCCCUAAUUUGUUUUUUGAACAAGGUUAUAAACAACUGCUCCCCUUGUCAUCAUUUUUAUUACUCCUAAUACUCACUUCAUACAACUCCACUUCAAACAAUCCAAACUGUCUCUUAAAUGAGCAUUGUGUGGAUUUAGCAUCACACUUUGUAAGUAGUUCCAGAUAGCAACUACUGAUAAAUGACACCCUAACCCCCCUCCUCAGAGCAUUCUAAGAACGAACAUUGAAGUGCACCAAAUAUGGUCACUUCCGGUUACAAAAAAAAAAAAAACCCAAGAUGGCGACAGCUAAAAAAUGCAGAUCUCAGGUUCUUUGUUACAGUGUUGCACAAACCAAAUUUGUGACGUUACUUUUGCUAUAUCGUCAUUUUAUGAAUAUACCACUUCAUCGUAGCCCAAAACCAAACUGUGUUCUGUUGAGUCCUGGCUGCAUCCCUCCCUACUCACAUUUUCUCUAAGAAUACUGUAUAAGAGUACAAAGUGCAUGAAAUGCAAAAAACUUAACCAUGAUAAUGUAUUAAGUGUCCUUGUUUGGUGUGAUAUGUAAGAAUAAAUUAAAGCUAACCACUCCAAGCAUGCCUCUGUUUAGAUGUUUUCACACAUACACAACACUCCUCAAAAUCUCCUGAAAUGUUAAGAGUGAGCUUCAGCUUUAAGGACACAAACAACAGAAUAUUCCUCCCUGAAACUCAGAAUGUUCU